GAAAAUUCAAUUUUUUUUUCUAUUCAGGAAAUGUUUUGUCGAAAAUUUUGCAGUGCCAUUUCAAAGAAGCCAUUCAUCAUCAAUCAAUUUGUUCGAAUUGAAAAACAAAAAUUUGUAACGACAAAAAUGGACGAUAUAAUUGAACAAGCCAAACAGAAUCGACAAUAUGAAUAUGAUGAAUUUCGUUCAUAUUUUUCAACAAUUUUGAAUUUAAUUUGUGAAAACAACAAUGAUCAUCAAGAUGAUGAUGAUGAUCAUCAUCAUCAUCAUCGAAAAUUUCCAAACAUAUCAAUCACAAGUGAUUGGUUUCAACGAAUGCUUACAUAUAAUGUACCAAAUGGAAAAUUAAAUCGUGGCCUAUCGGUUGUCGUAUCAUAUCGUAUAUUGAAACCGAAUGCAACAUCUAUGGAAAUGGACAAUGCUCGUUUAUUAGGUUGGUGUAUGGAAAUGUUUCAAACAAGUUUUCUAAUUAUCGAUGAUAUUAUGGAUGAAUCAAUUACACGAAGACGACAACCUUGUUGGUAUCGUUUGCCAGAAGUUGGAAUGAUUGCCUGCAAUGAUGCUAUGUUAUUGGAAUGUUUUAUUUAUCAACUAUUACAUGAACGUAUUGGCCAACAUCGAUCAUAUUUGGAUAUGAUCAAUUUGAUACAUAAAGGAUUUCGUGUUACAUCCAUCGGUCAAUGUAUGGAUGUGUUGACGGAAAAAUCACUGAAAACCACCAUAAAUCACCACGAUUUUCGUGGUAAUAAUUUUCAAAAUUUCCAUAUUGAACGUUAUCGUGAAAUUGUUGCACAUAAAACAUCAUUUUAUUCAUUUGUAUUAUCCAUUCGUUUGGCACUUUAUCUGGCCAAUUAUGAUGAUCCUGGAUUGCAUUCAGAAAUUGAAAAAAUCCUAAUGAACAUUGGUGAAUUAUUUCAAAUACAGGAUGAUUUUCUUGAUUGUUUUGGUGAUGCCGAACAAAUGGGCAAAAUCGGUACCGAUAUACAGGAUGGUAAAUGUUCAUGGCUAAUAGUACGUGCAUUAGAAUUGGCAAACGAUCAGCAACGAAAAUUAUUGGAACAAUAUUAUGGUAACAAAAAUGAUGAAUCGAUAAUCAAAGAUUUAUAUCGACAAUUGAAUCUUGUACAGGAAUAUCAACAUUAUCAUUGUCAAACAUUGACCACCAUUAUUGAUAGUAUUGAACGAUUUCAGCAACAAAUGGAUCAAAUGAUAUCAAACAAAUUGUUCAAUGAACCAUUAACGCAUGUAUUUAUAGGACGUGAUUGUUAAGAAUCAAUAACAACAACAACAACAACAAAUAAAAUGUCAAUUAUUUCACAGUAUAGAUAAUUUUAGAAUGCAAAAUCAAAUUGACAACGACAAGCAGUAAUCAUCUCUUUCUCUCUCUCUCUCUGUCUCUUGCGUAGAGUUUGUGAAUGUACAAAAAUUUUUCCCUUUACAUAACAUUCCAUACACUUGAAUCAAU